AUUACUUUUAAAAUUUAAAAGGAAAAAUUAGAAAUCGAGAGGAAGAAGAGAUGGCGAUGGCGAGGAAGAUAACCAAAGAGGAGGUUGUAGAGAAGCUCAAGGACGACGGUGAUUUUGACCGUCUCCGCCUCAAGAUCAUACGCCGCCUUAAGGAUAACGAGGAAUUACGAAACAACAUGAUAUCCGUUGUCAAGGAGUCAACUGCUUUACAACGACCGAGUGCUCAAAAUAUGAAUACCAGACAACUCUCUGAUGCCAUAUUCAAAGAAGUCGGGAGCAAGAUGCUUAGCCAGCUCUCAGAUGAGUUAUCGGGUAUAAUAAGAUCAGAAGACGGGGUGAAGAAUGAAAUCAGAGAAACAGUGCAAUCCGUCUACGCUACACUAUCUAACCCAGGAGGUGGAUCAUCAUCCUCUAGAGAAGUAGAACAUAAGAUUUCAACACCAGUCACAAAAUCAAGAGCUGAUUACAACACCAGUCCAGCGAGUAAACAAAAGCAAGAGCUGAUCCGAGGAGUUGUAGAAGUAGAAAACAAAGGAGAAGCAUGUAGUGAUGAAGAAGAAGAAGAUCCUGAACUCCCUCCUGGUUUUGGCUAAAAAUGCAAGUACAUUGAUUUUUUGUUCACAAAUUUUGUUAUACAGUAAAACCUCUAUAAAUUAAUAAGUUCGGGACCAUGAAAUUUUAUUAAUUUA